AUGGAAGUGCCGAUUGGUGCUUUUGUCUAUGCCACCAGUACUGCUGAGAGCCCUGACAGAAAUCAGAUAUUGUGCUGCAGACUAAGAAACCUUACAGAGUGUGUUACUGUGGUUGUUGUGAAGAUUGGCCCCACUGGCCUUGUGGAGGUGUGUGCAUAUGACACACCAGACGGUGUGUAUGACUGCUGUUGGAGCGAGCUCAAUGACAGCAUCUUGAUCAGCGCAUGUGCUGAUGGAACAAUAAAGGUGUGGAACAUCAUUGCCCCCCCGCAAACAAACCCACUGAGGAGCUUCCAGGAGCAUGGGAAGGAGGUGUCAUCGGUGCAAUGGAAUGUCGACCGCCAAGAUGUGUUUCUCAGUGCUUCUUGGGAUGGCACCAUAAAGCUCUGGAACAUGGAAAGCCCGACUGCGCUGGCAACGUUUGCCCAGCAUUCAUAUGUUGUAUACAACGCCGUGUGGAAUCCUAGAUCAGGAAACGUGUUUGCAUCAGCAUCGGGCGACCGCACGGUGAGGGUAUGGGACAGCAGAGAGCCUGUCCCACGACUCACGAUAGAGGCCCAUGCAGGAGAGGUGCUGGCUGUGGAUUGGUGCAAAUACAAUGACUGUCUCCUGGCAACUGGCUCAGUUGACAAACUCAUACGAACGUGGGAUGUGAGGGCUCCACAGAGGCCCAUCACCGAGCUUAGGGGCCACAGGUACGCAGUCCGGCGUGUGUUGUUCUCGCCCCAUGCUGAGAACAUCCUGGCAUCAUGUGGGUACGACAUGACCGUGCGGCUGUGGGACGUCUCUGCCCCGGAAGAUGCCCUGGUGCGAGCAUGGGACCAUCACACAGAGUUCUCAGUCGGAGUAGACUUCUCGAACCACCAGAAGGGCUUGCUUGCGUCCACUGGAUGGGACGAGCUGCUGUUCGUGUGGAAUGAGGACCAGGACCCCAGGGCUUAG